AUGGAGCUGAAGGCUAAGCCGGCGAGGCGCGGAAAGAGGACCAGGGCAAGCGGCGGCACAGCGGUACCGGUGAAGAAGGAGUUGGAGAAGGAGAGGAGGCAGCGCAUGAAGGCGCUCUGCGAGAAGCUCGCGUCCCUCAUCCCAAAAGAACACUUCCCCCACACUGAUACAAUGACCCAGCUAGGCAGCCUGGAUGUGGCGGCAUCAUACAUCAAGAAGCUCAAGGAGCGGGUCGAUGAGCAACAACACAAGAAGACCUCUAUACAAGCCAUUGCUACCUUACUAGGAGUUAGUGGCAUCUCGACUCCCAGUAUCACCGCUACCACGAGCGGUGGCGCAGGGUCAGAAGGAGGAGAAAAAUUGGAGGCAUGGCCACUAAUGGUGGAGGUGCGGCAACCCGGCGAUGCAAGCAUGGAGGUGAGACUGAUAUGCAGCGCGGAGAGGCCUAUCAAGCUCCAUGAGGUGAUCACCAUUCUUGAGGAAGAAGGAGCCAUCAUCAUCAAUGCUAAUCACUUUGUUGCUGCCCACAGAAUAUUCUACACUAUACACUCCCGGGCCUUCAGCACUAGAAUUGGCAUAGAUGUUUCAAGAGUUUCCGAACGUCUGGGAGCAUUGGAUGAGUUUGGAAGGCAUGUGUGCAUGAUUGUGAAAGACAGGCCCCCGGAAUUUGCCUGCCCGGCCCCUUACAAGGAAUUCGAUGAGGCGGCGGACGAGGUGUGGGGCAAGACCGACGAUGAGGAGGACAUUGCCGUCCCCGCCAAGGCCACGCACAACCGCCACGACCACGAAGCCAGCACGUCGGCGGGCGUCGCAGACAGCAAGGAAGAGCGUGCAUGA